CUUCUCCGAUGAGAGCUGUGUGGAUGACAUUUUUCCUUGGAUUUAAUGUUUUUUUUCCUGGAUAGAACUAUAAAUUCAUAUCCCUCAUGCAGCUUGGAUUACAAAGAAUCUACAUGACAUCAAAUAUCAAGACAACCAUUUAAGAUAUGGACAUCAGAGGCUUUUGUCAGUGCUGGAAAUGGCAAGUAGUCUGCUUCUUUCUCCUGUGUAGCUGGGGCUGGGUCUUUGGGCAGCUUCGCUAUUCUAUUGUUGAGGAGUCUGAUCCAGGGACAUUGGUGGGAAAUGUAGCUCAGGAUCUGGGGAUAAAACGUGCAGAGAUCUCUCAGCGCAGGAUACAUCUGAGAUCGGAAAAAUACCAAAAAUAUUUCAGUGUAAAUCAGGCAAAUGGAGGGUUGGCUGUGAAGGACAGGAUUGAUAGGGAGAACCUGUGUGGAUCCAGUCCCCGCUGUUUACUGCAGUUAGAGGUUGUGGCUGAGAAUCCUGUUGAGCUUUUCAGUCUGGAAAUAGAGAUUUUGGAUAUUAAUGAUAAUUCACCUAUAUUUUCAGUUAAUCAACAUAAUAUUGAAAUAACUGAGGUUUUAACAAGUCUUGGUGCUCAGUUUGAAUUAGAAAUUGCACAGGAUUUAGAUGUUGGUGUGAAUGGUGUCAGUCAGUAUACAUUGAAUACAAAUCCUUAUUUUUCACUGUCUGUGAAGACUCGUAAGGAUGGAACGCUCAUCCCUCAGCUGAUACUAGAAAAGGUUUUAGAUAGAGAAGAAAAACAAGAACAUGACCUGAUUCUCACAGCUAUUGAUGGAGGAGAACCAGCCAGAUCAGGGACCUGCAGGAUAACAAUAGUUGUAUUAGAUAUUAAUGAUAAUCCUCCAGUCUUUAAUCAGUCAGUUUAUAAAGUCAGUAUCAGGGAAAAUCUGCCAUUGAAAUCUGUAAUAUUAACAUUGAAUGCAACAGAUCAGGAUGAUGGAGCAAAUGGGGAGAUUCUGUAUUAUUUUGGUGGUCACAUAUCUGAAUCUUCAAGAGAAAUAUUUGAUUUAAAUCAACACAGUGGAGAAAUUUUUGUAAUAGGAAUUGCUGAUUUUGAGGAGCUGAAUUUUCAUGAACUGACAAUUAAAGCAGUCGACAAAGGAUCACCAAAACUCACAGGGAAUUGCCUCAUUCAGGUGGAAAUAGAAGAUGUUAAUGACAAUUCACCAGAAAUUUCUUUUAUCUCAAUCAUAAAUGACAUUCCAGAAAAUUCUCAUAUGGGAACUGUUGUUGGAUUUAUUACUGUGAUAGACAAGGAUUCUGGAAAAAAUGGAGAAGUAAUAUUAAAUAUGUCCCCCAAGAUCCCAUUUAAAAUUAGGCCUACUAAAAGUAAACAUUCUCUGGUUGUAGAUGGGAAUCUAGAUAGAGAGGAAACCUCCCACUACACUAUAGAGCUGACAGCCUCUGAUUUAGGGUCUCCUUCUCUAUACAGUAAAACAAGUGUCACCCUUAGUGUGUCAGAUAUUAAUGAUAAUGCUCCAGUCUUCACACAAUCUACCUAUAAUGCUUUCAUUAAUGAGAACAGCGACCCUGGGACUCUUCUAUGUACAGUAUCUGCUACUGACCUAGAUGAGGGGGUUAAUUCUGAUCUGGUUUACUCCAUAGUGGAGAGUCAGAUUGAUGGUUCCUCUGUAUCCUCCUUUGUCUACAUUCAUUCUAAUGAUGGGAAUAUAUAUGCUCAGCGUUCCUUUGACUAUGAGCAGAUCCAGGUUCUACAGAUCACCAUAAAGGUAGAAGACUCAGGAUCUCCACAGUUAUCUUCCACUGUUCCUGCCUUUAUCUUCAUUCUGGAUACAAAUGACAAUGUUCCCAUUCUGCUGUAUCCAGAGCUUUCUGAAGAUCUUAUUGUCCAAGAGAGGAUCCCAAAAUCUACAAGUGCUGGAUAUCUGGUGACAAAACUAUCUGCAGUGGAUCUGGACUCUGGCCACAAUGCCUGGUUGGUUUUUACUCUUACUGAUCCCAUCAAUUAUUCAUGGUUUCAAGUGUCUAAACACACAGGAGAGGUGAGAACUGUGAGAGGAUUACAGGAAACCGAGAACAUGGAACAACAACUUGUUAUUUCUAUUAGUGAUCAGGGGAAUCCUCCAUUAUCCACCACUGUGACUGUACUCGUCACUAUAGCAGAUGAGGUUAUAGUGGAAAAUACAAAGUAUCAUGAUUUCCUCUCAAAUUCCAAGACAUCGUCAGAUGUCACCUUAUAUUUGAUUAUUUCUCUGGUGGCUAUUAGUGCGGUUUCCCUUAUCACUUUCAUUAUUUUAAUUGUGAAAUGUUUAAGAAAGGAGGGCAGUGAAAGCUUCAAUAGUUGCUGCUUUCUAGAGAGAUAUCGAACUAAAUCCUUUACAGACCAGUAUCAGCCAGCUCUUUACUUGAACACAUGGAACAUUGAAGUAUAUGGAGGUGAGGAUGGUUCCUCCUGAACCUCAAGGACAAUGUUAUACAGCUUGUUUUCCCCAAGGAAAUGACAAACUGGACUUUCGUUCUAUGAAGCCACUUAAUUCUGCUCAGUUGAAAGACAUGAAUGGGGUGACUGAUUCUUCAUCUGACAUAGGUUGCCUA